AUGAUACCCUUACAACCUAAAAUACCCAUCCCAGUUAUCAGCACCAUUUUCAUAGCUAUUGGAGUUAUCAGUUUCACUGCUGUUGGAGUCAUCAUUGCUAUUGGAAUUGUCAUCAUCGUCGCCAUCAUCACCAUCAUCAUCACUGUCAUUGUAACGGUCAUUGUUGCCAUCAUCACUAUUUUCAUUGCUGUUGGAGUCACCAUUUUCAUUGCUACUGGAAUUGUCACCAUCAUCACCAUCAUCAUCACUGUCGUUGUAACGGUCAUUGUUGCCAUCAUCACCAUUUUCAUUGCUAUUGGAAUCGUCCCCGUCAUCGCCAUCAUCACCAUCACCAUCAUCAUCACUGUCGCUGUCACUACCAUCACUGUCAUUGCCAUCAUGACGCUCAUUUUUGUCACCAUCAUCACCAUUGUCAUCACUGUGAUCGGGGUCAUUGACAUCAUCCUCCUCACUGUCAUCCUGCUGACCCAACAGAAACUCAACCGGGACACAAGGGGAGGCUGGAACAGCGGGACUGGGCCGGGCACCGGCCCGGAGGGAGGAUCUGGGUUAGACCGGGCCGGGGCAGGGGGGUCCCGUGCCUCCCCGUCUGACCCCUCCACCCGCAGCUUCACGGACCCGAGCGUGUCUAUGGACCUGCUGCGCGCUGUGCUGCAGCCCAGCAUCAACGAGGAGAUCCGGGGCGUCUUCAACAAGUACAUGAAGUUUUUCCAGACAGCAGCAAUCAACGUGCGUGAUAAUGUUGGGGAGGAGGUGGACCCGGAGCAGCUCAUCCAGGAGACCUGUCGGAGCUGCCUGGAGCAGGCCAAACUGCUGUUCUCUGACGGCAAAAAGGUGGUUCCCAGGUUGCCCCAUGAGCAGGCAGGGACAAAGCGUGCCCGACAGAUGGAUGAGGAGCUGAGCCGUCGAGGGAGCCCCAUUCCCAAAAAGAGAAAGGGGCGGCCUCCAGGACAGAGCCUGUCGAACGACCGCGGGGUCUCGGGCAUGGCAGCGUGGAAGCUCAAAGUCUCUGAACCUGUGAGAAGGGAUGGACCAAAGUGGGAUCCAUCCCGACUGACUGAAACCACAACCUUUGUGCUGGGAUCUCGAGCAAACAAAGCUCUCGGGAUGGGAGGAACAAGAGGGCGACUCUACAUCAAGCACCCCCACCUCUUUAAGUACGCGGCCGACCCGCAGGAUAAGCACUGGCUGGCAGAGCAGCAGCACAUGAGGGCCACUGGGGGCAAGAUGGCCUACCUCCUCAUCGAAGAGGACAUUCGGGAUUUGGCUGCCAGUGAGGAUUACAGGGACUCGGUGGAUCUGCGGCUGGAGGAGCUGAAACCCUUCAUCCCGCCGGCCUGGAUGACGGAGAAGAUGCAGAAACACAUGGAGACGCUUCGUCGCGGAGGGGAC